CAAUAUUAUUAUUAAACACACAACACAUCUCUCAUACAAACAACAAAAAAAAAACAACAAAAAAUGACUUAUUUUUCUUUCACAAAUCUUCUUCUUCUUCACCUCCUAAUAACCUCCGUCACACUUUUCCGUCCAUCAGCCGCCGGCUCAGCCGACUUCACCUGGCUGGCUAACCAAGCCGGCUCAUGCAGCGGCUCUGUCGGUGAGUGUAUGGGUGGUGGUACUACAGGAGAGUUGGAGAUGGAGUCGGAGAGCACCAGGCGCAUUUUAGCGACGACGAAGUAUAUCAGCUAUGGUGCGCUGCAGGGGAACAAUGUACCGUGCUCGCAAAGAGGUGCGUCUUAUUAUAACUGUCGGUCUGGUGGUCAGGCGAAUCCGUACCAACGUGGUUGCAGUGCGAUUACUAGGUGCCGGCGUUGACUUUUGUUGACUUUUUGGAAUGUUUUUUUUUUCUGACUUGAUUUGAUGAUGUAUAAUUUGGUUGAUGAUAUUUUGGUUUUUGUGUUUGGAUUUUGUGUCUUGAAUGUGUAAUUGGUAAUUUGAUUUCUAUUAUUUGGUGAAUAUUUUGUUUUUUU